UUUUAUUGCCGUUUAGUAAAAUUUCUCUCUCCUCUCGCCCUCCUCUCUCUCUCUCUCUCUCUCUCUCUCUCCCGCCGAAGCUGCAGUGCCCUCCUCUUGUUCUUCUUCGUUAUGGCCGCCUAAGCGCUCUCUCUCCCUCUUUCUCUGACUACCCAUUUGGGUCUCUCGAUCGCCGCCGCUUUCUUCGUAAGGAGAAAUUCUGACGAUGGCAAGAGAUGAAGAUUCAGGUAGUCCAGGGUGGAGUGCUUCAUUUUUCAUGCAAACCACAGAAGACAUAGCUAGAGCUGUUGCAGCAGCAGCUGCUGCUGCCACUGCAGCGCAUUCCCCACGGCCAUCUGUUGUCUAUUCAUCCAAAGAUGAUAGCAGCAGCCAACUUCAGAAACUACAGCGCCAUGUUACACGGGUAUUAAAAGGAUUUUCAACUCCACCCGAGGUGAAAUAUGCAGCUUACAACCCAGAAGUUCUAACAAGCCAAAAGCGUCAAUGGGCAAGCUGUCAGUUGCAGUACUUGGAUCAUAAGUCCAUAAAAGAGCCAUCAAGGCUCUUUGAGAGCAUGGUGGUUGUUGGUCUUCAUCCUAACUGUGACACUCAGGCUCUCCAAAAGAGAUAUGUUGCAAGAAAAUUUGAAGGCUCUGGGAAACUAAGAAGUUUAAGCGGUCAUCAGUCUCGUGUAGAACCAAAUAUUGAACCACAGGUUUUAUUUGUCUAUCCUCCAGAAAAGCCACUACCACUCAAAUACAAGGAUCUUCUUUCCUUUUGCUUCCCUGGAGGUGUAGAGGUUAAUGCUGUUGAGAGAACUCCUAGCAUGAGUGAAUUGAAUGAAUUGCUUCUUGGACAGGAACACUUGAAACAAAGUGAUCUGUCGUUUGUGUUCCGCUUACAGGUAGCUGAUGAUUCGACUUUGUAUGGGUGCUGCGUGCUGGUGGACGAGUUGUUGCAGCGACCAUCUGGAUUGAUUUCAAUGAUAUCGGAUAAACAAUUACGCCCUUCCUUGAGCCGUCAUAUAUUAACCACGCGCAGAUGUUAUUGCAUUCUCUCAAGGCUUCCGUUUUUUGAGUUGCAUUUUCGUGUUUUAAAUAGCAUCUUCACUGAAGAAAGGUUGGAGCGGUUGACAAAAGGUGUUGUCGACUUAACUAUGGAGUAUUCAGAAGCUAAUGUAGAAGAAGAAUAUCCAGAGGAUAAGUUAGAUGGCAUGUCGCUUAAGCAUGGAGUUGCAGAGGUUGUGAUCGAUGAAACUUCUGGGGUUUCUGAAUUGGGUUUUGGAAAUUCUGAACCUCAAGUAGUGAGUGGUAAUAUAAACCACAUUGAGUGUCAAAUUCAUGAAGCAGAAUCUAGCUUGCUAAGUAAAGGAAGCGAUGAUAAGGUGAUUACAGCAGACAAUGAAGCUGAGGAAUCUAUGACCAGAAAGGAAGCUACUGCAAUUACUGCUGAAAGUUGUGAUGCAUAUACUGAUGAUUUUGUGACUAACAAGCAAACACCUGAGAAGCGUUUACCAAAUUCUGUGCUGCCACUUCUGCGAUAUUAUCAUUAUGAAAGCUCAGAGUCUUCUUCUAGCUUCCAGGGCUCUCCAAUUGAUGAGAGGAACUUUAGGAGUGAUAUUGAUGAUACAGAGACAGAAGAGGCAUCCAUAUCUGGGCAGGAAGACACAAGUGACCACACUGAUAUUCUUGAAUGGGCUAAGGCAAACAGUUACGGAUUAUUACAGAUUGUUUGUGAGUACUACAAGUUACGUUGCCCUGCAAGGGGUUCAACGGUUAGGUUUCACCCAUUGGAACACCUGCAUCCUUUAGAGUACCAUCGGCCAAAUGACACGGUACUAAGGAUAGCUGGUUCAACUAUCGAUUUGAGAUCAUGUAGUACAAGUCUGGAACUAGCAGAGGCACACAAUGCCCUCUUGGUGGAGGAGGAAGCGACUGCAUUGUCAAUAUGGACUAUUGCUUGCAUAUGUGGCUCACUGCGACUUGAGAAUGUGCUAACUUUGUUUGCUGGAGCACUUCUGGAGAAGCAGAUUUUGGUUGUUUGCUCCAAUUUGGGGAUUUUAUCUGCAUUGGUCUUGUCGGUGAUUCCUCUCAUUCGUCCCUACCAGUGGCAGAGCCUAUUAAUGCCAGUAUUACCGAACGACAUGUUGGAAUUCUUGGAUGCUCCUGUCCCUUACGUAGUUGGCAUAAAGAACAAGACAUCUGAAGUACAGUCGAAAAUUGCCAAUGUCAUUCUUGUUGAUGCUAACAAGAAUCAGGUGAAGUCACCUUCAAUUCCACAACUACCCAGGCACAAGGAGUUAUUUUCAUCCUUAAGUCCAUAUCACGCGAAGCUAGUCGGAGAGAGUUUUUUGGGGAGGAAGAGGCCAAUGUAUGAAUGCACAGAUGUGCAGAUUGAAGCAGCAAAAGGUUUCUUGGCAGUGCUACGGUCUUAUCUGGAUUCACUUUGCUCUAAUUUGCGCUCACACACAAUUACAAAUGUGCAGUCCAACGAUGACAAGGUAUCCUUGCUUCUAAAGGAAAGCUUUAUCGACUCAUUCAAUUAUCGUGAUCGACCCUUUAUGAAGCUUUUCGUGGACACACAGCUCUUCUCUGUACAUACAGAUCUUGUUCUUUCUUUCUUCCAGAAGGAGUAGUCCUCCCGUGCACAUCGCUGGGCCAUUAAAUGUAAAAUGCCUAGCGCGACCUCGCGAGCAAGUUUAGAAGUUUGUUGUUGUGCUGGUUUGCUAUUUAUCAUAGAGUUUUAGCUUUCUCUACGCCCUCUUUAUUUUCUUCUUCAUUUGAGAUGUUCAGCCUCACGUGCUGCAAAAGAACAUAUAAAUAUGUACGAGCUUGUAUUAGCAUCAGAUCGCAUUAUUCCAUGUCCAGCGAUAAGUUUGUAGCUAUCCGGCAUGAAUGAGUCGUCGACGUUCAUUAAUAGCCGCUGCAAUCUUUGAUGA